AUAAAUUAUUCCGCAUAUUUGUUGGCUUUUUGGUAGGAGUUACCUGUACGAGACUUGGCCGUUGGUUGGUGAGAUACGCAGAUAAGCGAAGCCAUCCUCAGUCAGAGACCAACAAGCUCCCUGUCAAACAAGAGCUCACUCACUUCCUGCUCCAGAAAUUUCCCAUUUUUAAUCAUUUCCACCAGCCUUACAUCGAGAAGAAAACAGCGAAAGUAGGGAAAGCUGGGCAUCAGUGAUAAAUAAUUCUGAAGGAGCCAGAAACUCACGAGGGAAAAAUUUUCAACUCCAGAACCCACCGUAUUCCAAACACAUGCCAAAAUUUUAACAGUUGCUCGGAACGCUGACCUAACAAUAUUCUGGGUAGAGACACAGGAUUCGUCUAGAGGAGGAAUUUCGAGCAGAACGAGACGUUUCCGUUGGACGGGAUGGAGGUCAAAAAGACGCACCGGAAGUUGCUCGGAGGACAGAAACCGCUUGUCGUCACAAGGGAGAAAGUCGACGAAGGGGUCAGUUUUCAAGAGGACGAACGACUUCCUCCUCACUCCGUCCAACCACGUGAGCCAACACCACGUGACGAUAACCACGUGCAGUCCCCUUCAACUAGCCGCAGGGCACCAAAAGCCAAGAAAUCAGUCCAAGUUGGCAGAAAGAACGUCAAACCGGGUCGUCUCUUAAUGGGGAAAACUUUUCCCUGCAAAAUCUGCCUUUGUCCCUUCACGAACAGAACCAGUGCUCGUCUCCACGCCCGCACCCACCUCAACCCCCACGAGCUGGAGCAGUCCUCAAUUUUCCAUGCGAAAUGCCCCCACUGCCAAAAAGUGUUCUUCGAUCGUCGCGACUUUACCGACCACGUGGCUGCGCACGAGGGUCGGAAGAACCACGUCUGCCCCACCUGCAAACAGAAGUUCACCCACAGAGCAAAUUUGACCGCGCAUCUCGUCAUCCACCUGAGCCGCGAAGAGCGCGCGGAGGUGCGGCAGACCUGGCGACACGGCUGCUACUUCUGCAGCCAACGAUUCACAAUUCCAUCCCGUCUCAGUCGUCAUCUUGUGGUCCACACAAAGGAAAAAGUGAGGUGUCACAUUUGUCGAAAAACGUUCUUCACCAUGGCAGGCUUGACCUAUCAUCGGUUCCUCCAUCUCCACGACGACGAGAAGGUCGCCCUCGUGAAGCAGGGUUCGGGUCGGGUGUGCCUCUUUUGCCGCAAGAUAUUCCCCGACAACGGGGCUUAUCAUGCCCACCUGGUCUCCCACACGAAGGAGAAACCCUUCCGCUGCGACCAAUGUGGCAAGCGGUUCGGUCGUAAAGGUGACUUCAUCAAGCACAAGCGCAUUCACAACGCGGAUCCGCGACCGUUUAUUUGCGCCGACUGCGACAAAGCGUUCAGCAGUAAACAAAGUCUGGGCACGCACAAGAAGACGGUUCACCGGAAGGUGAAGGACAUCGCGUGCCCCGAUUGUGGCAAGAAGUUCGGCACGAAGAGAGCCAUGGUGCAGCAUGUGAAAAGUGUUCAUGUCAAAAUCCGGCACCCCUGCCCCCACUGCGGGAAGACGUUCACGCAGAAAGGCCAUCUUGGAACGCACUUGAAGAAGAUUCACCGUCCAGAAUAAAGUCCUUCAUCUGCCAAAUGACCCCUCGUCAUAUUACGACAUGUUUCCCAUACUCUAGAUUUUUAUUUGUUUCUGAUUUCACCCUUUAUGACGAGAUAUUUAGAGCGAUAAAAAUGGCAUAGUUUAAUUUUUAAGUUGUAAACAUGACCCGAUUUUUGUUAUAUUUUUGAAUAUUUUAAAGUAGUAAAGUCAUUUCGUUUAUAUAUAAAAA